CGGGGCUCCCAGGCACGGAGCGGGUGCAUGGAGAUGGGGAGUGGCGCCUCCCUGGAGCCGAUCUCCGCGCCAGGGGGAGCCUGCAGCCGGUGCGAGGCAGGGGAGAGACGGGGGCUCUUUGGGUGCUGCGGGCCCAGCGGCUGCGCAGUGAGUGAUAGCACAGAGAAGGGUGGAUGGACACACACAGGCCUGGCACGAGAAAGCUGGGCCCUGCCCCCGCUGCCUCCCAGGUCGGCGACGCCCCCUAGCGCCGGAGAUCCCAGAGAGGUGCUGCUCAGCUCCCCGGACACUCUGCACCGCCACCUGGAGACCUCGCUCUGGGGGGCAGCCUCGGAUCGGAGAGGCUGGCGCCGCAAGCCCAGACCCCUGCCUCCCCCGUCCUUCUCGCUGUGGGUGGCCGGAGACGGAGGCCCGUGGGAGGAGAAUUACCGCUACCACCGGCUGGCAGGCAGCCUGGUGUCCUCCGCAGAGCCCAUGGAGGAGUUCCGGCCGCUCAUCCCCCGGGAGGCGCCGAGGGGCCAGGCCCAGGGGCCCCGCUGCCACUCCGGGACCUGGCCUAUGGCCGGAUGCUGGGUGAGGGGCACUUCAUGCUCCAUCUCCCACCAUAGCGCCUCGGGCACUGGCCAGAUGAAGAAAAGAGAUGGAGGAGGAUGAGCCAUCUCGGUGGUAUCUCCGGGAGAGCCGGGUUCUUUUGGGCCACUGGCAUUUGUGGGGAACAAUCAGUUUUGGGUCAAACAAAA